CAUCUUUACCAUCAACAUCGUCAUCAGUACCAUCAUCGUCAAUGCUAAGAAGUACAUCAGAUCCAAUUGACCGUGGAAGUGACCAAUUUGGAGGAAUCACUGGUCAGUCUUUACAACUUGAAGCUGAAGAAAAUGUAGAAGAACCAAAACACUCUUCAAAUACACAAGAAUUCCAAGAAAGUAUUGCGGAUGAAAUAAUCGAGGAUUACAAUUCGGAUAGUUCAGAAGAAUUUAAUAAAGCUGAAAGGAUUGAAAAUCUGUCAUGAAAGUAGCCUGCAACUUGAUAGUGACAAUCAGAAUAAUAACGAAAGCAGUGACAGUGAUUCUGACGAGGGAAACAGUUCAAGUCAAGCUUUUUUUUCUGUGGAAAAGUCGGUAUUUAACUUUCCGUUCUUAAGCAAUCCAAAUUUCUAUGAAAACGAUCAUCUGUUGGCUAUUAUUGCUAUUUCUUUACGCAACAAUUUUUCAUACGAAGCUACAUUAUCUAUACUAUCCUGGAUGAAAUUAACCCACAACAAUAAUAAUUUACCAACAACAAAGAAAGCGCUAUGGAAAGCAUUGAACCGUGACGACAGUUUGAUUACUCGUCACAUGUACUGUAGUAUUUGUAAAGAAAAUCUUGGAGUUGGAAAAAUGCUGUCCAAAACAUGUUCUUGUAAAUCAUGCGGUCCAGAUGAAAAACCUGAAAAUUUGAAUUAUUUUCUUCAGCUAAGUUUAUCAAGCCAAUUAACUGAGUUUUUCAAAAUACCUGGUAUUGAAAAAUCAUUGUGCUAUCGAUUUACAAGAGAAAAGUGAGAUUCUUCGACAUUUGAAGAUAUUUAUGAUGGACAGCAAUAUCAAAAUCUGUGUUCAUCUGGAAAAUUCUUGAGUAAUCCAUUCAAUUUUUCUUUCACUAUGAAUACAGAUGGUUGCCAAGUGUCCAAAUCAUCUAAAGCAAGUGCGUGGCCGGUUUAUUUACAAUUUAAUGAAUUACCUCCGCAUAUUCGUAAAAAACAUAUGCUUUUGGCUGGAAUUUUUGUUGAUACAUGUCACCCAUCUUUGAAUCUCUUAUUAGGCUCGAUAAUCGAUUAACUACGUGACUUAUAUACAACUGGGAUUGCUUGGAAAACUUCAGAAGGUAGAGAAGUAACUUCGAAGUUUGUUGUAACAACGUGCACUGUUGAUUCUCCAGCGAGAGCAUUAAUUAUGAGAAUGAAGCAGUUUAAUGGUUACGACGGUUGUUCCUUUUGCUAUGCAAUAGGUGAACAUCACCAAAAUAAACACAUUUAUCCGCGAAGUCAUUGUUCCGAAAAUCUUCGAACUGAUGAAGAAAUAAGAGAAGAUAUGCUUACAGCUUUCCAGACGAAAACAACAACAAAUGGUAUUAAAGGGAUUUCAUCGUUAGCUGGAUUGCCUGAAUUCGAUUUAGGUAAUGGACUUGUAGUCGACAGCUUGCAUGCUGUUUUUCUCGGAGCAGUGAAACAGCAUGCAACAUUACUUCUCACUGCAACAGAUUCACCAUAUUAUAUUGGAGAUCCGACCAGUAAAGCAAGAAUUGACGAACGAUUGCUAUCCAUAAAACCUCCAUCACGCCGUAGUCACCUGCCCCGAGGAUUAGAUACAUUUAAUAAUUGGAAAGGGUCUGAACUUCGUAAUUGGUUAGGUUAUGCGGCACCAUGUUUGAAUGGUAUAUUACCCGUAAAGUAUAUCAAACAUUUGGCUCUUUUGUCUCAAGCUGUUCAUAUUUUGAAUAGUGAUUGUGUAACCAGUACUGGUUUGGAACGCGCUAGAUAUCUCAUAGAAGAGUAUGUUUCACAGUUCGAAGAAUUAUUUGGACUCGAAAAUAUGAGUUUUAAUAUUCAUUUGUUACCUCAUCUAAUAAAAUCAAUUGAAAAUUUUGGUCCGAUGUGGGUUCAUUCUGCUGCCGUGUUUGAAUUCUGGAAUAAAAAAGUUAUGGAUAAAGUUACGAGCCUCCACGGAAGAGCUGAUCAAAUUGUCAUGAGAUUUUUAAUGACCAAAUUUGUAGAAUCAGCGAUUUACAGUGGUUCAGUUACGGCUGAAACAAGAAAAUUUAUUUGUAAGACUCUUAAAAUUCCUAAUUUGACUGAUGAAGUAGUAAUAAACAAAGAUUUUCAAGCUAUGAGCAGCCCUGAAGUUAUAAAUCUUCGAGAAUUUGAACUCAAUGUAUUGCUACAGACAGGUUAUGUCCCUAUAAACUCUGCGUCUUCUUACACUAAAAUUAAAAUAAAUGGGAUUGAUUAUCAUAGCAAAAAUGAUAAUGAUAACAAAUUCUGUAAUCCUAUAAUCUCUUACAAGAAUAAAUUUGGAGAAAUAUUGUCUAUCAUUGAUUUUGAAAAUCAAGAUAACAGUAAUGUUCAAGGUUUUUUUCUAAAACUAUAUAAAAUCAAAAGAAGUGCCUUUGACACUGAUUACAUUAAAGAAAUAGAAAUUACUGAUGACAUAAUCUUCAUAAGCGACUUAAAAUUUGUAAGACCUGCAACAAAAGUAUCCACAGACAUGGGAAUAUUUGUUUUUGAGCUUCCGAAUUGUUGGGAAACAGAUUGACGGCAGCUUGAUUAAGAGUUAUAUAACAAUUUCUUACAUAUAAUCAAUAACACAGAUCUUUACAAACUUAAUUAUUAAAUGUUGCAAAAAUUGGAAAUUUUAGACAAGUCAUUAAACGAAAAAAAUUUAUAACUAUUUAUACUACAAAAAGUUUCUUCUGUGAUUUGCAUGAGAUUGACAAUUGCUAAGAAAAUUGGCAAUUUCUUUAAACAUGAGGGCUAAUCAAAGAGUUUACAUGUAACAAAUCAAAUAAAUGAAUAAAGUUGUCAAAUAACGGCGUUAAGAAUGAGGCGAGAACGUAAAAAUCUACAAUUACAUCUGAAGUAGGUAUAAAUAGUCAUUUAAAUUACAAGUUAUAACAGAAUUCAGAGUCAGAAACCCGGUAAUAUAAUUGGUAAUACAUCUGAUGUCACAUAAGGUCAUCUGGGUUCGAUUCCCAGCUUGGUCUAUUUUUUCAAGGUAUUAUACAUCCUGGUCUUGUCCCUGAUUCUCUCAAAGAUUGUUUACUUUUACUGGGUAACGUUAAUAGUUAUAGAUGUCCUUG